GAGCCGAGAGGAGCAGAGGCAACAAGUGAUCAUGCAUUUUAGAGAAGACCUUAACCAGGACUGUUUCACUGCUGUUUGCUUUUAAAGAGAGGAGAGAAAAGUUCCCUUCAAUUAAGGGAGUUUUUGUUCUAAAGCAAAAAUCAUGUUCACAACCUACAUAAAGAGUCUGAAUGAUUUGGUAUUUUCUACGUCUGAGAGCCUCGAAGAGCAGCCGAGUACUGGAGUCUUGGGCCGGAUCGGCAGUUGGUUCUCUCCAUGGAAAGGAAGGUCUCCCAGUGAAAAUGGGUCCUCACCUGGUGAUUGGACUAAGACAGGAGGGGAUGGUGAGGAUUUUGUGAGAACCCACGCGGGGGAAGAACACUGUUGGGACGGGAACACUGGUCCGCUCUUCAAAAGCAUUUGUGAAAACGAGGACGCCGCGCAGUCUGCCCACAGAGACGGCAACACUGAGCCGGGAGGAGGAGGUCCAAGAGAGGAGGGGCCUGAGCCGUGGAGGAAGCUGAGAACGGGGCAGGGCGACGGGAGGGAGGAGACCAACAGCGGUGCAUCGUCGAGUGGAAGUCCUCAGAGGAAUGUCAGUCAUCUGAGACAUCUGCCUGCUUCGUCUAAACAGGGAGUGGCGCGGGACUUUGACCAGGCCCACACCCUGACUCACAGACAGGAACAGACAGGCCGGAGGCUCCAUGUGUACCUGGAGGAGACCAGUGUGAACCUGAGUGACCUAGACAACUGCCCCGAAAAGGAAGUUGUCCGCACGACAGUCAAAAAAAGCUUAAAGGUUAUAGGCAGGGCAAAGUCAUCACCGGGUUUCGAUUUAUCCACCAGCAGUCUGACAAGUGCAGAGAAAAAUGUAAGACCUGCUGGUUCACAGAGUUAUUACAGUACUCUGGUGGGAGUGUCGCUAAAACCACACAAAGGCUCACAGUCUGAGCCUGAGCCUGAUAGAGAGCAAACAGAGGUAGACGACAUGGGCCGGAAAAACGCCAGCCGAAGGAGAAUCAGGAAGAACUCUCAGGGAGAUGGAGGGAAAAGUCCUGUGGAAAAAAGGCCGGAAAAUCCUCCGGCUGCAGACGUAUUCUCCCCAUCAGACGACUCAGCGGCCAGUCCACUGGGCCAGAGUUCAAACACUCACCUUAAAACAGCAUCUGCAGACUCCUCCUUCAAGCCCAACCCAACCUUACUGGUUUUACCUGAAGGGGGAGAAACUAAGAGUCCCUCCUCAGAUUUGGUCAAUGAGCUGGACGACAUCCAGAACUCAAUCUCAGUUGCUGGAGUCGCUCAGGCGGACGGUGCUGCAAACAUGGAAGGGGAUGACAGUUUUUACAAAGUGGAGAGGAAGACGGAGACGCCCGAGUCCAAACGCAGGAGCAUCAAGGUUUCCAGGAGUGAAGUGAAACUUUUUACAAAACAUGUUCCUUUUACUCCAAAGCUGACCCCAGCUGUAGAACACCAGGAUUUGGAUAGCACAACAAGAAAUGCUGCAGAUGGAGUGAAAAAUAGGCCCAAAACAGAGACUAAUAUGAGACUUGCCAGCCAAAAGAAGGUCGUCGAAGAGCCUAAAGCGGCCGUUCGCCGGAUUGCGGACAAAAUCAGCCUCUUUGAGCGAAAGCAGCGAGAUGUGGGUCCCGCUAAGACCAUCCAAACCCAGCGGAGCGCGGACACCUCUCCGGACAGAACAGUGGCGGGCAGGAUCAAAGCAGACUUCUUUUCCUCGGAGCAGAGAUCGAGAUCAGCCGAACGUCACGACGAGCCGAGGCCCGACCUCUUGUCACCGAACGGGGAGAAGCCGAUAACAAUCAAGGAGCGAGUGAAGAUAUUUUCAGAAGCGGGAAAGUCAGAAGAACCGACUCAGCAAAUACCACCACUGACAAAAAUACCUCCAAAGUCCUCCUUGUCUGUUGCAGUUUCAGGAUCAAAGUCAUCAGAACUGGAUGAUCAGGAUAAACUGGAUGAGAAAGAGCCAAAACUUAUAAAAAGAAUCCCAGAGAUAAGAUCCAAACCAGACGGACAGGGUAGUUCUGCUGUUGGGGGGCAGUUUUCCACGUCAGAGACACAACUAAUGGACUCUAAAACAAACGAAACAAAGGUCACACAACCAAACAUUACUGAACCCAAAGACCCGGCUGGUUUAACAGAUUUGACCAGCACCACCCCCCAACAACCCAAAGGCCCUAACAGAACAGGCUCCCGCUCUAAAAGAAGGAAAGGCAAAGAACCGGCCAGUCCCAAAAGCCCAAACGACCAAAAAGAUAAAACUAUUAAACAAAAUGAAGUGGAUAAUACAGACGAGAUGCCCUCUGCUUCCAAACCACUUCCAGAAACAAUCUCAUUAGCAUCUCCGACACUCUCUGCAUCAUCAGCUGCACAGCCUCCACAGGAGACAUUUAAAAAGGAUUCAGGGUCUGACAAACAUGUGUUGCGAGCUUCGGUUAAGACAAAAAUGACUGAUAAAAUGCAAAAUGAGCAGGAGGGAUCAACUGAAGCGCCUGUCAACAGAGAUGAACCUGAUACUGCAGCGAUUACCAGUGGAACAAAAGAUACUAUUGACCGGGAGGCUGAUACUGUACGCCAACAGGAGGGAAAAAUAGAGGAACACGGCCUCGUGUUUACACCGGAAAACAAAAAGGUUUUAAAGGGCAGCAGUGACAUUUCAGCCCCCUCCCUAAUAUUAACCUCCUCAUCUGAGCGGCAUCAUGAGAAGCCUCCUGCAGCAAAGCAGGAGUCCUCUGCUGGACGCCCCAAACUGGAUGACGACUCAUCAGUGCCGAUCGAAUCGAAGAGUAAACAAAGGGGAGAGGAAAAAACACAGCAGCUUCAAAGUCUGGACGCAGAGCUAAUACGUCGAACCGAGACUGAAGGUGUUACAAAAUUAAAACUGGUGGGCGGCAAGGAAACAACGCAAAUCAAAGAAAAAACACAGCUUUUAGAUAAAAGCGCCACAAAGGACGACACUUCACACGGAGGACCAAGUAGCCCGGGGGAAGAGAGCAGAGUCGAAGAAACCAAGCAAUUAGAAUCACCCUGUCAGCCGUCUGUUGCAAAGACUAGUGGAUCACCAGUCCUCCCUGUUCAAACACAGACUGCCACUGUGACGCCUGAAAGUCCUAUUUGUACCACCACCCAGACUAAUGAGGCUGUGAGGGGCACAGAGUGUGAUGAAGAGCCUAAGACAGCUACAGAUGUGCCUCCUCAGUCACGAGCACAACCCGCAGAAAGCUCUGGAACAGAAAGAGAGUCGGCGGUGAUGGCAGCUCGUGGACCUCCGUCUGUGGAAAAAACAGAGAGUUUGCCCGAUGACUCAUGUGCACAUGGAGCUAAUGAUGCUGGGUUCCUCAACUCCAAACCUCUUACUAAAGCUGCUGCACCAGAUGAGGGAGUGAGUGCAGAAGGCACUAAUGACACUCCAGUGCCCAUACCUGCCCAGACAGCCACGACACAGCCGGCUAAGAUGGAUUCAUUGACUGAAAAGCCUAAUAUUUCUGACAGGAAAUCAACAACACGGACAGAAUCUGAGGAGGGGGGUUUUCAGAAUGGUUCCAUUGUCAAAUCCACGCUCUCAGAGGGAGUAAACUUUAAAGAAAUGCAAAAACCAGCUCAUAGUCACACGUCAGCCGAGGGAUCAAAAAAUACAGAGAGCAGUAUUAAUAUCUCUUCAGUCAAAGAUAAAGAGAAAAUAACUCCGAGCCACUCUGAUACGAUCACAUCUCGCUCCACCAGGGAGGAAACAGACAGGGCAGCUGAGGAAAGACUCCCUCAGCCAGUGGCUCAACUUUCACCUGUUGCUGAUGGUGAUACCUCCCUGCGUUCACAGCCCCACACAGUCAAACAAGAAUCAACAAAUGACGAGACAAGCCCAACUCCCAAAGCUCCUGUUUUACCAGAGGCUAAUAAGCUGAUUCGUGGCUCAACGCACCGUUCAGCCAUGAAAAAGCUCACUUUGCCAAAAGAACUAAUGAAAGCUGAUUUCUCAAACCAGCACGAUUCCCCCUCCAGCUGGCUCGACGUAGACGUUCCCAAACGCAAACUUAAAGUCUCCGAGGCCAAGCUGACCUCYUCUGGAAGUGAGAGCAACCUCCUGGACACUUCCGGCGAGCUCGAUGACGACGAUUUCGUGGAACGAAUCAAGAAUCUCUGCGCGCCGUUCUCCCUCCCGCCGCGCAAGCACAACCACUUUCGACCGCCUCAGCCCGCCUUCGCGAUGCCCGCCAUCAGGGAGGACCGCUACGAGAAGCCGUUUGACCCCGACGAGUUCACGUUUGGCUUGAGAAAGAAGACGCAGCUCGCUUUGGACACGACUCCGAGCGUUCUGGUGAAGCUCCAGAGCACGGAGACRAAAGCUGGCCUCUUGCCUGCCAGGGUGAGCGUCGCUGACCGGAGCAUGCUGCUUGGUGGCUUUGACACGCUCACGCACCUCAAGGAAAAGAAUCCUAUCAAGGAUGGGGAGGAAGUAAAGGAAGAUGAUGAGAUAAAAGUGAAGUCUCGCUUGGAGAGGAGCUCUAUCCUCAGCAGCCUUGCCUCCUGUAGCUAUAGAGGGAAGAAGAAUGAAGCUCAGACACUGGCAGAGGGCUCAGAGAAUGUGUUGCCCAGCAAACCCCCACAACUCAGCCCUGUACUUUCACCCCAGCCGGCCCCACAGAUCCCUACAGCUGCAGCCACAGACACACCAGCAAAGCAGAGCGAAGAGGAAGCCCGGGCUGCAGAGACUGCGGUCAGUGACUCAGGUCCUCCACUUCCUUCUUUUAACGACAUCAAGCUGCCGGACUAUUUAGAGAAGUACCUCCCACCGGAUCCAGCAAAAGCGGMGCAGAGCGUUCGAGGACAGGACCAAGUCAGACCGGAGCUAACAGCAAAAAUGACCUGUUCAGCUACAAAAGCUAAAGCAGACGAAGCCUUGAAACGAAACUCUGCAGCUCCGCGUUUUCCUGGGAUUCCUCCAACCACACACGCUACACUUCCUGAGCACAAGCAGCCUUUGACUCAGCCAGACAACACAUUCAAAGAACAUAUAAGAACCGUCAAGGGAUUUCACAAGCGCCCUGGAAAGAUGGUGCUGUUUGAAAAAGCUCAGUUCAGUGGCCAAGCACAUGAGAUUUAUGGUGAUGUAGCAGACGCUUCGUCUCUGGAGCUCUCGCCUCUCAUAUCUGUAAAGGUUGUGAGAGGAUGCUGGUUGCUCUAUGAGAAGCCCGGCUUUCAGGGCCGCAUCAUCGCCUUGGAGGAAGGAGGCACCGAACUGGAAAACAUGUGGGCCGAUCCAGGACCGGAAACCGAACCGCCCAACGUUCCACCUAUGAUCAUCGGCUCCAUUCGGCUCGCUGUCCGGGAUUACAGCAUUCCCCACAUUGAUCUGUUUGCUGAACCGGAGGGCUGCGGCAGAGUGACACCUUACCAUGAUGACACCAUAGAGACAGGCWCAUUUGGCAUUCCACUCAAUACGGCUUCCAUCAAAGUGCACUCCGGGGUGUGGCUGCUGUUCAGUGACCCCGGGUUUGAAGGCAUGGUCGCUGUUCUAGAUAAAGGAGAAUAUCCCUUUCCUGAGGCUUGGGGCUUCGAUUCGCCCUUCGUGGGAUCUCUCAGACCACUAAAAAUGGGUGGAUUCAAAGUGGAGAAUCCCAAUGAAGUCAAGGCUGUUGUUUAUCAGAAACCUGGCUUCGAGGGCUCCUUUUUGGAACUCGACAGUGAUGUUUUUAGCUUCUGCGAGGCUGACGGUGGCAUCGCUGCUGACGGAGCGAGCCUCGAUGCAAAUAGACUAAAGUCUGUUGGAUCAUUAAAGAUUAUCGGAGGCUUCUGGGUGGGUUACAGCCAGCCUGGGUUCGAGGGUCAGCAGCACAUCCUGGAGGAAGGGGAUUACCUGGACUGCAGCGACUGGGGAGGCGCCGAGCUUCUGUCACUGCGACCGAUUUUAUCUGAUUUCUUGACUCCACACCUGAAAAUGUUCACCGACAAGAAUUUUGGCAAGCUGGGCGUGAACAUCGACCUCACGGUGCCCRUUAUCAACAUGGACAACACCGGCUACGGCAUGAAGACACAGUCUAUUGAUGUCCUCGGUGGUGUCUGGGUUGUGUUUGAGGAGCCAGACUUCUGCGGAGAGACUUACGUCCUGGAAAAGGGUCUGUAUGGAAGCCCAGAGGACUGGGGCGCACUGCAGCACAGAGUGGGUUCAGCCAUGCCCGUCCUGCUGGAUGAUUUCGAGCACACAUCCAAGUUUAAGGUGCAGCUUUUCUCUGAUCCGGACUUUCAGGGCUCUGUCCUCGACUUGGAGGACAGCGCACCGUCCCUGCAGGACAGUUUCUCUGUGGCCUCCUGCAAAGUUCUGGCUGGCAGCUGGCAGGCGUUUGAAGGCCAGGACUUCACAGGGAAGAUGUACGUGUUGGAGGAAGGGAGCUACCCAGACCUGAGAGCGAUGGGCUGCAUCAGCGGCAGCUCGUCCAUUCUUUCGCUGCAGACUGUUGGAUUUGAGUUUUCUCUGCCGUCGAUCACUUUGUUCGAGCGCUGCGGUCUGCGGGGGAAGAAGGUGCUUCUCACCGACGCAUCGGUCAACCUUCAGCUGGCUGGAGGCUGCGGCCGCGUUCAGUCGGUGCUGGUGGAGGGAGGCAUGUGGAUCUUAUAUGAGGGGAUCAACUACAGAGGGGCUCAGAUUUUGCUGAGACCUGGUGAGGUUCCUGACUGGCGCAGGUUCAGCAGCUGGCAGAAAAUCGGGUCCCUCCGCCCUCUCUUACAGAAGCAAGUGCAUUUCCGUUUAAGGAACAGGCAGACGGGCUUAAUGAUGUCAGUGACUGGUGAUUUAGACGAAGUCAAAAUGCUGCGGAUACAAGAAACUGAGGAGACGGAGGGCUUGGAGCAAAUAUGGUUUUACCAGAAUGGACAAAUGCACUGCAAGCUGUUAGAGGAGUGCUGCCUGUGUCCCAGCGGCAGCGUCACGAUCGCAGGAAGCCGAAUGGGUCUCACACCGGAGCUCGACAACCAGACCCACCUCUGGAGCGUCACCUCUAAGGGCUUCAUUUGCUACACUCCCAUCCCUGACCUGGUCCUGGACGUCAAAGGCGGCCUUAAUUACGACAAAAACCAAGUGAUUCUAAACACACUUGAUCCAAAUAAACUGCAGCAAAGAUGGGAUGUGGAGAUUAUCUGAACGGCUGAGAGGAUUUUUUUUUUUCUGGGUCCAACUCUGGAUUUUUGUGUCCAAAGAGGAAGCAGCAGAACUGAACAAAGGCUAAAAAGGUCACAAUUCAUGAGAAAGUACUCGCUAUACAAGACGUGGGCUCUGAACUUGAAAUGCUUAUAUUUUACACCUGCAGUAAUAUUUCUUCAGAUUUUUAUUGUGUGUUUUGUUUGUCUCUUCCUGAUAAGUUAAACAGUGUUACGCUUGUAUCCCUUGUAAUGCCAUGUUUGAAAUACAGCAAAGAAAAAGCAUUAAAUGUGCCUGUUUAUAAUUCAAACAAAAAAAAAAACAGCUGCCCUAAUAAAUAAAACUAUUUUGUCAAUA